AUGACUGAUCUGAAUGUACCAAAUGGAAAAGCAGCUUCCAAAAACUGUGAAGCCGAUGAUGAUUAUUGCGGUUUAUUACUACAACAUCACAGAGGCAUGACAGUCCGAGUUAUGCAGGGCCAUAAAAGAAGAGAAUUAGUCGAUGGUUCUCAAAAUGCAGUUUGA